AUGGCCUCAGUAGAUGCUCUUCUAGACACAGAAGCUGAUGAUGCAACUGGAAAUGUGUUUGUUGUAAGCCUGGCAGUUGCAGACUUGGUUGUAGCAAUCUACCCGUAUCCACUGGUCCUCACAUCUGUAUUUCACAACGGAUGGAAUCUGGGAUACCUUCACUGCCAGAUUAGUGGCUUCUUGAUGGGCCUAAGUGUCAUUGGAUCAAUCUUCAAUAUUACAGGCAUCGCUAUCAAUCGGUACUGCUAUAUCUGCCACAGUCUCAAAUAUGACAAGCUGUACAGCGACAAGAAUUCAUUGUGCUAUGUUGUUCUUAUCUGGGUCCUAACAUUUGUUGCUAUCGUGCCCAACCUGUUUGUGGGAUCGCUACAAUAUGACCCCAGGAUUUACUCAUGUACUUUUGCGCAGUCGGUGAGCUCAGCAUACACAAUAGCAGUUGUGUUUUUCCAUUUCCUGCUUCCCAUGGCCAUAGUUACUUUCUGUUACUUGAGAAUAUGGAUCCUUGUUAUUCAGGUAAGGCGAAGGGUUAAACCAGAUAACAACCCCAGGCUGAAACCACAUGACUUCAGAAACUUUGUAACCAUGUUUGUGGUAUUUGUACUGUUCGCAGUCUGCUGGGCUCCUUUGAACUUCAUAGGCCUUGCUGUGGCUGUCAACCCAAAAACUAUAAUCCCUAGGAUUCCAGAGUGGUUGUUUGUAUCUAGUUAUUACAUGGCAUAUUUCAACAGCUGCCUUAAUGCUAUCAUAUAUGGACUCCUGAACCAGAACUUCAGAAGGGAAUACAAGAGAAUUAUUGUCACUUUUUGUACAGCAAAAGUUUUUUUCCAGGACAGUUCUAACGAUGCGGGAGACAGGAUGAAAAGUAAACCUUCUCCAUUGAUUACAAACAACAACCAAGUGAAGGUGGACUCUGUCUGAAA